AUGGCCGACGUAGACGUGCAAGUCCAGUACACCACCACAGAGAGGAAGACCAGGAAGGUCAAGAAGACCUCGAAGCGUAGGGAGUCUAAGGAUGGCGACGUCACCGUCACCGAGGUCGAGCAGACCAACACCACCAACAACGACGACGGCGGCGAAUACACCAAGGCGAUGAACAAGGACUGGCACAGCGGCCACUUCUGCUGCUGGCAGUGCGAUGAGUCGCUGACCGGCCAGCGUUACGUGCUGCGCGACGAGCACCCCUAUUGCAUCAAGUGCUACGAGAGCGUCUUCGCCAACGGCUGCGAGGAAUGCAACAAAACCAUCGGCAUCGACUCCAAGGAUCUGUCCUACAAGGACAAACACUGGCACGAGGCCUGCUUCCUCUGCGCGAAGUGCCGCGUGUCGCUGGUCGACAAGCAGUUCGGCUCCAAGCUCGACAAGAUCUACUGCGGCAACUGCUACGACGCCCAAUUCGCCAGCCGGUGCGAUGGGUGCGGCGAGGUGUUCCGCGCAGGCACCAAGAAGAUGGAGUACAAGACCAGGCAGUGGCACGAGAAGUGCUUCUGCUGCGUCGUGUGCAAGAACCCCAUCGGCACCAAGAGCUUCAUCCCGCGCGAGCAGGAAAUCUACUGCGCCGGCUGCUACGAGGAUAAGUUCGCCACUCGCUGCGUCAAGUGUAACAAGAUCAUCACGCAGGGCGGCGUGACGUACAAGAACGAGCCGUGGCACCGCGAGUGCUUCACGUGCACGCACUGCGACACCUCGCUGGCGGGGCAGCGCUUCACGUCGCGCGACGACAAGCCCUACUGCGCCGAGUGCUUCGGCGAGCUGUUCGCCAAGCGGUGCACCUCGUGCGCCAAGCCCAUCACCGGCAUCGGCGGCACCCGCUUCAUCUCGUUCGAGGACCGGCACUGGCACAACGACUGCUUCAUCUGCGCGCAGUGCAAGACCUCGCUGGUCGGCAAGGGCUUCAUCACCGACGGCCAGGACAUCAUCUGCCCCGAGUGCGCCAAGCAGAAGCUGAUCGACGAUACGAUACUACCGCUAGUCGCUAAAGCGAGGGAUUGGUGCGCAUUCAGAGAUCAAGGGGGGCCCGGCAGCACCAUUUCCGACAAGCGAGCUCGACCC